CCCGUAGCAUCAAAAUAAAUUUUGUUGCAGGGUUACUUGGAUCCAGAAUAUUUUUUAACACAUAAAUUGACUGAAAAAAGUGAUGUCUAUAGCCUUGGGGUCGUAUUUCUAGAACUACUGACUGGGAUGCAGCCUAUUUCAUUUGGAAAAAACCUUGUACGGGAGGUAAACCUGGCAUAUCAAUCUGGAAGAACCUUUGAGAUCAUCGACAGUCGAAUGGGUUCUUAUCCCUCUGACUGUAUCGAAAAAUUUGCUACAUUAGCUUACAGUUGUUGUCGGGACCAGCCUGAUGCGAGGCCUUCAAUGGCAGAAAUAGUCAGAGAGCUUGAGAACAUAUGGAUGAUGAUGCCAGAAGGUGAGGUGUUACUUCCAGAAUCCUCCAGAGAUCCUGACAAGGAAAGUGCGCCAUUAUUCUCUACAUUCUCCUCUUCAGCAUUUACACAUCCAUACUUGUCAUUUGAUGUUUCUGGUAGUAAUCAUGACAGCAGUUCUACACCAAAUAUCAAACCUCGGUAGUCUUGUAAUCACCUUAUGUUAUUUACAGAAAAAAAAAAAAAAAAUUGUAAUAGAAUAUUGAUAUAAAUUAUAUCAGAAUGGGCUCGAAAAUCAUUGAAAUUAUUUUGAAAUUAGUAUUGUGUAUAAAUGGUUUGUAUUGCACUAAUUUUAAAGUAAAUUCAACCGUUUGUUAGCCUAAUUUGAUAUAAUUUAUAUCAGAAUAUCCUAUAGAAGGCCGGGAGCAUUCUUUUAUCGACUCUACCGGCCUUUCCCUCCUGCAGUGUAACUGCACUGUGAUUAUGUAUCUUUUUAUUUUAAAUUUGUAUCAUGCACAUUGCAUGGAAAAUAAUUGGUAGAAAUAGAAUGUGCAAAAAAGAAAUAUUUUGUACUUGGAAAACUGAAGAAGAAUGUUAGAUUUUGUGAAGUGAAUGAUGAUAGAAGGUAAUAAUUACCUUAAUCUUUUUAGCAAA